UCCGAGGGGGACUGAGCCCGGGGGGCUCCGGGUGCCCGGCUCUGCCAGGUGGUCGAGUCUGGAGACGGCUGUCAGAUCCCAAAGAACUGGAGUGCUGUCGAGUUUGGAGCCUGAGGUCCAGCAUCUCCCUUUAUCUUGACAACAUCCCCAAUGCGACCAUGGGAUCUGGCAGUGAAUAGGCGCCCUCCUUCUGUCCCCUUUGACCAGCGACGUUUCUCAGGGGGAACUUGUGGCAGCCCAGCACACUUCAGGAGAAGCCCUCCUUCCCGGCACCACUGGGGCCGACGUGAGCGACCUCUGCAAACCCUGCUAGCCCAGGAUGAGAACUACUUGCACCCGGCUUUUUUCCAGCAGCAGCAGCUACAGCCACACGUUCCCGUAGAUGAGCACCCGGCGUACGUUCUGGCCAAUACGCCACCACGAAUGCUUCACCCGGCUGCGCACCCACCCCACCAGCAUCCAUUCAUGGUGGAUCUCCACGAGCAGGUGCACCAGGGAGCCGUCCCUCUGUCCUACACGGUGACCACAGUGACAACACAAGGCUUCCCCAUUCACACUGGCCAGCACAUCCCAGGUUGUAGUGCGCAGCAGCUCCCAGCAUGCUCUGUGAUGUUCAGUGGACAGCACUACCCGCUCUGCUGCCUCCCACCCCCCCUGAUCCAGGCCUGUGCCAUGCAGCAGCUCCCGGUCUCCUACCAAACGUUCCCGCCACUUAUCUCCAGCGAUCAUUACAUUUUACACCCUCCACCGCCUGUGCCACCACACCAGCCUCCGCACAUGGCUUCCCUCAGCCAGUUUGUCCCGCUCCAGCCCCAGCAUCCUCGCAUGCCCCUGCAAAGGAUAGAAAAUGAGGUGGAGCUUCGGGGUGAACAGCACUCCAUCGGAGGCUUUUCGUAUUCUCCUUCCCACCAUACUCCUGCACUGUCUCCCUCUGUGCCGCUGCAUUACCUUCCACACACCCAUGAUCCUCUGCAUCAGGAACUGCCCUUUGGCGUGCCAUAUCCACACAUGAUGCCCAGGCGACUGAACACCCAGCGAUACAGAUUGCAGCAGCCACUGCCACCACCGCCGCCACCCCCACCCCCAUACUAUCCGAGCUUCCUGCCAUAUUUCCUUUCAAUGCUUCCUGUGUCACCAACAGCCGUGGGGCCGACAAUAAGUCUGGACUUGGAUGUGGAUGAUGUGGAGAUGGAAAACUAUGAGGCAUUACUGAACCUAGCUGAAAGACUAGGGGAGGCCAAGCCACGGGGACUCACCAAAGCAGACAUUGAGCACCUUCCGUCCUACCGCUUCAAUCCAGAGAGCCAUCAGUCGGAGCAGACCUUGUGUGUCGUGUGCUUCAGUGACUUUGAAGUAAGGCAGCUUCUGCGAGUUCUGCCCUGCAACCACGAGUUCCACGCUAAGUGCAUCGACAAAUGGUUAAAGGCAAACCGCACAUGCCCAAUCUGCCGGGCGGACGCCUCGGAGGUGCACCGGGAAGCCGAGUGAGGCCAGUCGACACACUGCUGCACAAAUUCACUCCAGGAUAUGGACCUUGGACCCAGGGGCUUGGGCCAGCCUGUACGCUUAGCCUCUAGGGCCUCUCCUGGGAUGUGGUGAGAAUAUAAGCAAUGUAUGACACCCCCUCCCCCUCACCCCGUGGCAUGGACCGGGUCUGGUGGCAGCGCCGGCUCUGCAGUGUCACGCUUUGUAGGGGGAGGCCUCCCCAUGUGCUUUGCACUCCAAAGACUCUCCAUCCUUGCGCCAUUACGCUCCAGGUGUUUGCAUUCCUUUUUCU